AUGUCUGCAAAACGUUCUGCUUUAGCUGACAUAGGCUUCUUUUACGAUGAAGAUCUCCGAAAUAUCCAUCGACGCUUCCCACCUCAUGUUGAGAUUCUAGAACAGUCUAUGCUUGACUUUGCAUGUCACGAUUUUGAUUCGGCUUCCAAAAGGGACAUCAGAAUUCAGAAUGAAGCAAAUAGACUUGCCAAUGGGGGUUUUAAAGAAGACCAUUGGGAAUCUUUCUUUCGAGAGCAUUACUUCGAGCCACUUCUGCGACGUGAAAGGGAUGGAGAAGAGAUGUCUCGUGGAUCUUCACGAUGCAAUUAUUACUAUGAUAAUAUGGUGUUCGAAACCGACGCUAUAUGGGGAGAAUUUCGCAAAGAGCAUAAAGGAAUGGACUUGGAUCCAUUGACCACUCCCAAGCCAGACAUCGUUUUGUUUCUUCCCAUAUAUGAUGUGGACUCUCAUUUACCCACCGUGACAAACCCCGACUCUCUCGACUGGCACACAGACUCGAAUGCAGCCCUUGUGGAGACCUUCUCAUGGUCAAAUCUGAGAGACCUUUACAAGUACGGUUUGCUGCCCUCUCCCUAUAAUGUUUUCGACAAGGAUAAACCCAAAGAGAGCGAUUUGAGGUGCUUCCCUUGGCUUAUUGUCGAGUACAAGAAGAAAGAAAGCGACAAGUACAGCGAGGCCGAUUUCAAAAGACUGGCUGAGGCCGUUUGCUGUCAAGCAGUCAACGCCAGUGGUUGUGCGGUCAAGCUGCACGAGACAGCCGCGCGGUUUGCUCUUGCGCUGCCUAGAGACGCUCAUAUUCCUCCAGUUACAACUGUGACCACAGUUGGGCCCCUAGUCAAGGUCUGGAUUACCUAUUUUGACAGAAACUUCUACGGAUAUCGUUGGCGCAACGCAAAAGGGGUGCAAGGUGGCCACAUUAAAGAAGGCUAUAUGAUGCAAUGUAUUUGGAUGGGCAAUAUGACCGACCUGCACGACAUUCAGAAAUUCCGACUCAUACUGGAAAACACGCAUACUUGGGCAGCACGGGUGUUUAGGCCGUUGAUUUCCACAUAUGUCGAACAGUGGAGGUAUGCGCACUCUCAUGACUAUACGAAGGAAGCAAUGAUCCGUCAAGAAGAGAGGCUUCUGCUUAAAAGGACCGCACUUCGUUACAUUCUUGGUGUUAUGGGUGAUCAGAUAGACCUCGACGCCGACAAUGAUUUGCGUCAUAACGCCACAACAAGGCUCGUGGACCUCUGCGAGGCAUUCGUCAAAGAUGCGGAUCGAGUUAUUGACGAGGAACUUAAAGCCGCAUGCUCGAAGGGGGAGAAGAAGAAAAAUGGCGCGUCUUCCAAAGCACGCAGGAGGGCACUUACAGCCGGCCAGCCUCAGCAAGCGAGGAGUGUGAGCCCUGCUCCGGCAAUUUCAACUCCACGAAUUACCCCACGAAAGAAACCCCAAACGCCGACCGGUGGCUCAAGUUCCAGAGUCGAGACAGCCUCCUUGGAUCUCAAGGAAUGCAUCGGAGGCGCGGAGCCCAAGCGACGAGAAAGCGGGAGUGACCUUCUCGACCCGUCGCCUAACAUGAUCCCUGGACUUAGCAUCACACAUGAGGGCGCGGAUGACGAGGAAGCUCUCCUUGACUCGCCUUCAGCUACAUAUUCAAGCAUCGACACACCAGUUGACGAAAGAUCCGCGGAAGUCUCAAUCCCCGGUGCUUUUCCACCUGUGACGCCGGCCAAACCUGCAUGGUCUUCUAUCCCUAAAAUCAUUGCCAGCGAGGAUAGUCCAGUGACUACUCAGUGGCAGGGUCUAAAGGGUUUGGCCAGCAGUUUCCUCUUCGGACAAACCCCAUAG